AUGACUUUGUCAAAAGUUUAUCCGGAAAUGUCAAGAGCUUUCAACUCUUUCUCUAGCACUCAAAAGGCAGAUUCUCAGAGUGGUUGGGUUCGUGGAAAGCCCACAAUGACAAAUCCGCAUCACUUGUCAGCAGCCUCCAUUACAUCGCUAAAGAGAGAUGGGAACGAUUCGUCGUCUACGUCCGUGGGAAGUGCGGGCAGUGGGUCAAUUGCUCGACCAAAUUUAAAGAGCCGAAUGUUCCUGCGACACCGAAACAUUGUUUUUCUUCUAAUCGAAGUACUUGUACCGGUGGCGAUCACGUGCGCCAUCAUUGCUGCAUUCACAUCUGGCAUAUCGUGGAAGAAGUCGUACUACGAGAAACAAGACGCUUCUGAUAAAACAAAGCUGGCCAACAAAUUCCAUGAAGUAUCAAUGCAAGAAGCAAUGGUUAAUUUCUCGACCAGGUACACGAACAACGAUGGCCGCAUUUUCAUCUUGUUCACACCGGUGAAUUCAUUUACGGAAUCAAUCAUGGCUCGUGUCCGUGUGUUACUCUUGGACGAAAGGUCACUUGCAAAGAAUCCCCUUGAAACAUACCCAGCUGCCACAAUAAAGAACGGCAUUCUGGGAGUGGAAACUUUUGAGGAGUUGAUUGAAAAUACACUCAUUCAUCGUGAUGAAACUGACGCUCAUGGGAAACCGAUCGGUGUUGUGUUCCACUAUAAUCACAAAGCUAUCGACCCCGUCACCGAGGUUCCUUAUCGUUUGUCCUUCUCCAUUCGACACUUUGAGGAAUCUAUUUCCAACACCUUGGACCCUUACCCAUACGUCAAACCUCGCAUCGCAACUUCUCCGUACAUUGAAACUGGAUUCAUUGGACUACAAUAUGCUAUUCAAUAUUCGUAUUUUCAACAUUUGCAUCAAAAAAUUCAUUCAAAUAAAACUGUGAACCUCAAAUCGCCAACAAUCUUAACUAUUGAUGAUGCUCCGGUCGUGAAACUGCACAUGUUUUACUUUCCAAACUUUUACAACGUGGAUGUGCGAACCUUGAUAACUUUCGUUGUUUGCUUUUGUCUCGUGAUUGCCUAUCUUUUCACAUCGUUCUUCAUUUUGAGACAACUUGUUCAAGAAAAUCAGUCCGGGAUAAAGGAGAUAUUGAACAUGCAUGGAAUGCCGACCUAUUUACAUUGGCUAAUUCUUUUCGUCCAUGCUCUUCUAUUUCGGGGCAUCACUGCAAUCUUGAUGACACUGGUUCUUCAUACUAAAUUUACCUUUGGAAAAAUAAUCUCUCUUUCGGAUACUUCGCUAAUAUUCGUCCUCUUGUGGGUGCAUCUGCUUGCACUCACAUUCUUUAACUUCUUUCUAACCACAGUGAUACACUCUGCAACUUUUGUCGGAGCUUAUGCAAUACUAAUUGGCCUAGUGUCGUUCAUUGCGCCCACCACGUUCUACAAGUUUGGCGUGAUCGAACGAGUUGGAAACAUAAUUCUGGCUUUCUUUUUUCCUAACUGGGCGCUGUACAAUAUUUUCUUUUAUAUCAUCAACUUUGACUGUGAUGAGAAAGGUGUCCUAUGGUCGAAUAUUAAGACCAAAGGCCAGAAGGGCGAUACGAGCUAUUUCACCCUCUUCGAAGGGUUGUUGAUAAUGGGAGCGUCGGCCAUAUUUUACUUUCUCCUUGCCACUUACAUCAACUUGACCAGUCAGGCAAAAAUGUUUCCCCCGACGUUGAAAUGGUGGGAUGUCAUUGGGAGAAAAAAGCAAUGGAAGGAAAACAUGAGCCGUCAACAAGAAUUGUUAAUUGAAAUCAGGGAGGGGAAAGAUGACAACUUUGAAAAACCAGCAAUUUACGAAGAAUCGAAUUCAGGUAACAAGUGCUAUGUUCGCGUUAGGCAUUUAUGCAAACGGUUUGGGAAGCAUAAAAUGGCUUUGGACACCAUCAAUAUGAAUAUAAUGCACGAAGAAAUUACCGUAAUUUUAGGACAUGGAGGAAGUGGAAAAAGCACUUUGGUUUCCAUUUUGGCUGGACUGCUCAACCCUACCGCUGGAUAUGCGACAAUUAAGAACCACGAUGUCAUCUUCGAAGCCAACAAGGCUGGUCAUUUCGUGGGCUUGUGCUCUCAAACUCUAAUUUACUUCAACUUACUGAACGUGAAACAACACCUUUACUUGUGCUAUCGGAUUCGGGAUUAUUAUCCAGACUCGAUGACUAAUGAGGAGCUCCGACGGUUAAAUAUUGCAAUGGCAAUGGCUGAUUCACCAAAAGUAUUGCUUUUGGAUGAGCCGACAAUGGGGAUGGACGCUUUCGGGCGGCGAGAAAUCUGGAAUAUUUUAAAGAUAUUGAAGCAUCAUCACACUGUGAUUUUAACUAGCACUUACAUGGAUGAGGCAGAAUAUUUGGCAGACAAAAUAGCCUUGCUAGCUCAUGGACGACUUAUAUGCUAUGGGUCUGUGGAAUUCCUGAAGAAACAGUACGAUACUGGAUAUUUCCUCAAGUGUUCGCCUUUCCGAGAUGUGAAAUUAGAUGCCCAAGCAAUUUUGGCGCUGGUGAGGAACAGAGUUGGUGAAAAUGCUGAAGAACAGAAAAACAGCACAAUCAAGGAUGUGGAUAACCUUAUCAUAGAACUGCCAAUCGUCGACUUCCUGAAGUUCUCUGAACUCUGUGAGGAUUUUGAUCGAAACCAGAUAAAAAUGGGAAUCAAAAAAUAUACUUUCAAGCAAAUUGGGUUGAACGACAUUUUUAUCAAAAUUUGCGAAUCCAUUUCUAUCGACAAAGACGGUCCUGAUCUUUAUGUUAGGCGUGACUCGGCCGGUGAUGUCAGAUCAGCAAUGACAUGUACCCACUGCACAGUUUCUUACCCUUUAUGA